GUCGAGAAAUCACCUGGUCGAUGGGUAACUCGAACGCCAAGGCACCGAGCAGGCAAUCGAGGACAGCCGCGGCCUCUGUUGCCCGGUCUGCGUCUGAAGGAUGUCUCGAAUCUCCUCUGCCAUCAUCUUCCAUGGCGCUGUCGUCCGCCACACGUACAGCGUCACAUCCGCCACCAUCACGCACCAACCACCGGCGGGAGGGGAUGGUCACAGGCGGCAUCCAGCGAGGCCAAGAAGCCGUCGAGGAUGCUAACCGACAACUGAGCUACUGGUACCUUGUACGGCAUGGAUACGAUCAAUUGGUCAACCUCAUCAUUCGCCCGCCACGGGCCAAGUACGAUGUGGAAGAGCUCGGACCAACGGCAUUUGAGCUCUGCGGUCGCCGCUUCGAGCGGACAGAUUUCCAAGUGUCGGUCCAGCGACGUGGACAACCACUGCAACUGCAAUGCUCGCAUUGGCACCCGAUCGCUGCCGACCGUCCUGCUGCAGCGCUGCCAUGCCUCAUCUAUCUGCACGGGAAUUCGUCGUGCCGGCUGGAAGCGCACUCGAUCUUGCGCUGCGUUUUGUCCACUGGCGCGACGGUCGUCGCAAUGGACUGCAUUGGUUGCGGUGCGUCGGAUGGAGACUACAUCACGCUCGGUUACUUUGAACGAGACGACGUGCACGCACUGGUCGAGCACCUCCGCAACUUGGACUCGGUGUCAACGAUCGGCUUGUGGGGGCGCAGCAUGGGCGCGGUCACGGCUCUGCUGCACGCCGACCGGGACCCAUCGAUCGCGGGACUUGUCGUCGAUUCGGCGUUUGCGAACCUCGACCAACUCGUGCAUGAAGUCGUCGAGCACGGGAGACAGGAAGGGUUCACGAUUCCAACGCUGGCCGUCAAGAUCGUCCUGCGGUGCAUCCGGUCGUCCGUGCACAAGCGAGCGCAGUUUGAUCUCAAGGACGUGAGCCCGAUUGACCACGUGCACCAGUCGUUCAUUCCAGCGCUGUUUGUCGCGGCUCACAGCGAUACGUUCAUCCGACCGCAUCACACCGAAGCGCUGUUUGCAAAAUAUGCUGGGGACAAAAACCUGAUCAAAGUCCAAGGAGACCACAACAGUCCCCGUCCGCAGUAUCUACUCGACUCGGUCGGGAUUUUUCUACAGAGCGUGCUGCGGAUGGACCCAGCAUGGCAGCUCCACGACCCAUUCGCGUCGGCAUUGCCGUGGUGCCGACAAGCCGAGGUUCGCGCCCCGCGCUGGAUGGAAUCGUGACGUUGUCUAGUUUCUGGCGCAGCUCUUGUCCGCCGACCAAGUGGGCUUGUCAGCGCUUGCCCCUGCAACGUCGUGGCCAUGCCAGGCGUGCACGUUUAUCAACCCGCCGGGUUGUCCUCACUGCCUCGUGUGCGACACCAUGGUGGCGAUGCCGCCUCCCGCUGCGUCCCAUGCUCCAUCGUCGCCGCACGCAGACGUUGCCGCGCCCAUGGAUGACGUGGCCAUCCCAGAGGCGAACGGUUGCGUUGAGACCAGUACCAGGGACAGCGGUGCUUAAUCUAUUCGCUCUGCCGUGCCUGACGGGA